AUGAGUGCAAGGAAACCGAACGUGGAAUUGCCACGUUUGACCAGUUCUUUGCGAGCUUUUUCUGGCCUCACUUCACCGUAUUUGAGAGGGCAGGAGUAUGGUCGGCCAGACGAACUGAAGAGAAAGCGCGAAUGGCAAGCGAAACAAAGCAAGGAAGAAGAUUUUUCAUGGCAAGAUUUAAACCGCUUGGUUAAGAAGAACGUUGCAGCAGACAAAGAGAAUGAGGUUUGUAAAAUAUGUGUUUUAUAAAGUAUUUCUUGUUUUAUUUCAAUCGAAUAUAUUUAGUCUACAGUUAGUUUUGUUAUGUUUAUUUUUUUCCAAUGUUGUAAUUAUUCAUUUAUUACUGUAAUGAGUUAAUUGUUUGUUUAUUGUUGUGUAAUUGUAUCAAGUAUUGUUAUUUGUGUGAAAAUAUUCACAAGGUCCACAAUAGAGGUUUCUAAUGUAUGGUGCAAUUCUUCAUGUUGGUAUGUUACCAUCCCCCCAGGCAGUUAACCCCUGGGGAAAUUUUUUGAGCUGGUCUGCAAGUCUCCAAAGGGGGUGACAGGAAGAAAUCAACCAUGAAUUGAAUUUGCUUUUUAGGUAAAAAAUGCUUUACGAGAUUUAUUGAACAUCGCCUAUGAGAUUGGUAAGUUUCACAAAUUUCCGAAAAAAUUUUCAGGUCAAAUGUACAUCUAUUAAAUUGAUUCCAUUUUAUAACUUUUCAGCUGGCAAAGAUGCUUCUUCCGAAGUCACUAACAGCACUGCCAUAUUUUUAUUUGAACUACUACGAGAACCUAGCUUUGUUACCAAAAACGAGCUUUCCAAAAUUGCAGAAACCUUUGGACCAUGCGACCGGAGCUUAGUUGACGAUGCCUACAAAUUAACUCGACUAUUACUUAGUAAUAUUCCUGAAGAUGAGUUAAAUAGAAAGCAACAGAAGUCAACAAAACACAAACAUCAGCAUGCAUUUGGUGAGGGGAUCAAGUUUUCUUUCCCAGAACCUGUGGAAUUUGAGGCUGAUUUGACAUUGUUUGACACCGAAGUUGAAAAUGAAAAACCGAAAUUUUCCCUAAAAGUUGUUACUGAACCAAGUAAGGCCGAGGGUGUAAAAAUUGCCCAGGAAAAUCGUGAAGAUUGGGUAACUCCAACGAAUCUUGAUGAACCAGGAGAUAUUACUUGGCUUAAACAGAGGUGUGAUUUUUAUUUUGGCAAUGCAGGCGAACAUUUGAAUAGCGGGGACAUGUGUUCAGUUAUAUUUGAUCUGUUGAGUUCCCGUCGAGGAAAUCAGGAAAUGCAGAAUGAGCUGUUUGAGUUGCUUGGAUUUGAUCGUUUUGAGUUCAUUGAAGAACUGCUUUCCAAUAGAGAGAAGAUCAUUACUGGUGGUAGUACGAGAGCUGUUGAAACUGUGAAUGACAAUAAAGGUAAAUCUUAGUUGUUCAAACAUCUGCCUUCGUUUAUAAUCUUGCCAUCCGACUCCAAAAUUUUGAAAAUUAUUUGACAAUUUUCUAUAUUUAUUUUAUCGAGGUUUUGCAACAACUGCCAAAAAUUCUUUGGCCAAACCAAAUUAUGGAUGCCAAGUGACCAUUCAGGUACACUGUUAUUCUCUUUAGAAGAGCAAGUUACUUUCCAAGAGCUUGCAAAUUUAAUAUGUUUACCACAAUGGGUAUAAUUUUUACACAUUCAAACAAGGUAAUUCAAGCUUCACAAUGUUUUCAGUCGGAGCAAGAAAAGAAAAUCCAAAAACAAGUUCGUAAAGAAGAGCAGAAAUCUUUGAGGCGAAAUAAGAUUGAGGACCGGGAUUUAGAAAACCAUGAAGAUUAUCUUAAGAGUGUUGGCUUUGAUCCUGAAAUGAUGAAAUAUCAUAGGUAAACAUCUAGGCAGCGGAAAUGGGGGAACUACCAAGAAAUAAAUAAAAUAGUAUUGGGUCGUUCCAGAAAAGAUCCACACUCCCCCCACAGAGGAAAUUUCUGCCAUCCAGAGGGGGAGGGGAGAAAAAAUUGUUUCUGACAAUAGUAAAUGUAUUAUUUAGGACAUCCAAAGGGGGUAGGGGGGUUAACUUCCUAUUUCCUCUGUGGGGGUGGUGUGGAUGUUUUCUGGAAUGACCCAUUUGUCUACACCUUCUCUGCCUGCUUCCUUCUUCAGCUUUGAUUUUAAUUGUCUUCUUGUGUGACUUCUCUCCAUAGUCUGAGUGUUUUUUCACUAACUGCAUCCUUUCUCUAGUCUUCCGGCAAGUUUGCUAAUAACUGUCAUUGUGCCUGAGCACGCCCUAGUUUAUUAUUAAUGAAACUGUCUUUGCCAGUGUAGGUAGUGCGUGCCAAUAAAAUGAACAAAUAUUUAUUGGUAGGGAUGCAACUACUCUGUCUAACGUACACCAUUUUACUCAUCAAUGUGAGAGCACAGGCACUCAUUGGUUAGACUACCCAUGUGUCUAGUUAACCCAAUAAGUUUAACACCCAUUGCACCCCAUACUUCAUUAUUUUACUCUGAUGAUUUUACUCUGUCUAACGUACACCAUUUUACUCAUCAAUGUGAGAGCACAGGCACUCAUUGGUUAGACUGCCCAUGUGUCUAGUUAACCCAAUAAGUUUAACACCCAUUGCACCCCAUACUUCAUUAUUUUACUCUGAUGAUUUUACUCUGUCUAACGUACACCAUUUUACUCAUCAAGGUGAGAGCGCAGGCACUCAUUGGUUAGACUGCCCAUGUGUCUAGUUAACCCAAUAAGUUUAACACCCAUUGCACCCCAUACUUCAUUAUUUUACUCUGAUGAUUUUACUCUGUCUAACGUACACCAUUUUACUCAUCAAGGUGAGAGCACAGGCACUCAUUGGUUAGACUGCCCAUGUGUCUAGUUAACCCAAUAAGUUUAACACCCAUUGCACCCCAUACUUCAUUAUUUUACUCUGAUGAUUUUACUCUGUCUAACGUACACCAUUUUACUCAUCAAGGUGAGAGCGCAGGCACUCAUUGGUUAGACUGCCCAUGUGUCUAGUUAACCCAAUAAGUUUAACACCCAUUGCACCCCAUACUUCAUUAUUUUACUCUGAUGAUUUUACUCUGUCUAACGUACACCAUUUUACUCAUCAAGGUGAGAGCGCAGGCACUCAUUGGUUAGACUACCCAUGUGUCUAGUUAACCCAAUAAGUUUAACGCCCAUUGCACCCCAUACUUCAUUAUUUUACUCUGAUGAUUUUACUCUGUCUAACGUACACCAGACUAUUUUACUCAUCAAUGUGAGAGCGCAGGCACUCAUUGGUUAGACUACCCAUGUGUCUAGUUAACCCAAUAAGUUUAACACCCAUUGCACCCCAUACUUCAUUAUUUUACUCUGAUGAUUUUACUCUGUCUAACGUACACCAUUUUACUCAUCAAUGUGAGAGCACAGGCACUCAUUGGUUAGACUGCCCAUGUGUCUAGUUAACCCAAUAAGUUUAACACCCAUUGCACCCCAUACUUCAUUAUUUUACUCUGAUGAUUUUACUCUGUCUAACGUACACCAUUUUACUCAUCAAGGUGAGAGCGCAGGCACUCAUUGGUUAGACUGCCCAUGUGUCUAGUUAACCCAAUAAGUUUAACACCCAUUGCACCCCAUACUUCAUUAUUUUACUCUGAUGAUUUUACUCAUUCUAACGUACACCAUUUUACUCAUCAAUGUGAGAGCACAGGCACUCAUUGGUUAGACUGCCCAUGUGUCUAGUUAACCCAAUAAGUUUAACACCCAUUGCACCCCAUACUUCAUUAUUUUACUCUGAUGAUUUUACUCUGUCUAACGUACACCAUUUUAUUUAUCAAGGUGAGAGCGCAGGCACUCAUUGGUUAGACUGCCCAUGUGUCUAGUUAACCCAAUAAGUUUAACACCCAUUGCACCCCAUACUUCAUUAUUUUACUCUGAUGAUUUUACUCUGUCUAACGUACACCAUUUUACUCAUCAAGGUGAGAGCACAGGCACUCAUUGGUUAGACUACCCAUGUGUCUAGUUAACCCAAUAAGUUUAACACCCAUUGCACCCCAUACUUCAUUAUUUUACUCUGAUGAUUUUACUCUGUCUAACGUACACCAUUUUACUCAUCAAGGUGAGAGCACAGGCACUCAUUGGUUAGACUACCCAUGUGUCUAGUUAACCCAAUAAGUUUAACACCCAUUGCACCCCAUACUUCAUUAUUUUACUCUGAUGAUUUUACUCUGUCUAACGUACACCAGACUAUUUUACUCAUCAAUGUGAGAGCGCAGGCACUCAUUGGUUAGACUACCCAUGUGUCUAGUUAACCCAAUAAGUUUAACACCCAUUGCACCCCAUACUUCAUUAUUUUACUCUGAUGAUUUUACUCUGUCUAACGUACACCAGACUAUUUUACUCAUCAAGGUGAGAGCGCAGGCACUCAUUGGUUAGACUACCCAUGUGUCUAGUUAACCCAAUAAGUUUAACACCCAUUGCACCCCAUACUUCAUUAUUUUACUCUGAUGAUUUUACUCUGUCUAACGUACACCAUUUUACUCAUCAAGGUGAGAGCACAGGCACUCAUUGGUUAGACUACCCAUGUGUCUAGUUAACCCAAUAAGUUUAACACCCAUUGCACCCCAUACUUCAUUAUUUUACUCUGAUGAUUUUACUCUGUCUAACGUACACCAUUUUACUCAUCAAGGUGAGAGCGCAGGCACUCAUUGGUUAGACUACCCAUGUGUCUAGUUAACCCAAUAAGUUUAACACCCAUUGCACCCCAUACUUCAUUAUUUUACUCUGAUGAUUUUACUCUGUCUAACGUACACCAGACUAUUUUACUCAUCAAUGUGAGAGCGCAGGCACUCAUUGGUUAGACUACCCAUGUGUCUAGUUAACCCAAUAAGUUUAACACCCAUUGCACCCCAUACUUCAUUAUUUUACUCUGAUGAUUUUACUCUGUUUAAUGCCAGACGAUUUUACUCAUCAAUGGAACACUCAAUGGAUUAACAAUUAAUAUGUUGAUAUGUUCAGCAAAGCUUUUCUGGAUGAUCAUCAGUCCAAAUGGUGUUAUUACAUAACCCAUUAUCGAUGUCUGUUUCUUUGUUUCCUAUAGAGAACAAGCAUUGAUUGAGGCAGCCAGCAAGCCAUUAUUCAGUAAAACAUCAAGAUCUUCACGAGACGUCAUAAAAUAUCCCUAUGUUUUUGAUUCAUUAAUUGCUGCUCAACAGUCUGGUGCUUACAUUGGUGGAUGUAAGGUGAGCAUUUUCUUUUAUCUUUAUUAUGAGGCAUUAAAUAAUGACAUACAUGUAGAUUAGGUCUGUCAGUGGACAUGUUAGUCGUCAUCCAGAUAAACAGUCAAUGACAAUACGUAGGAUUCAUAAUAUUUUGUUUCUCCAGCUUCAAUUGCCACAAGAUACGACUCGAUAUGACUGCAAAAUGUAUGAAGAAUUUCACCUGCCACCAACACAGUCCAAACCACCAAAAGAAACAGAUGAAUUUAUCAAUAUUUCUUCACUGGACGAGGUACAUUAUUACAUUUGGUAAAUGGUUUAGCUGGUUUAAUGCACCAUCAGUUAAUAACCAAACUAAAUACCCUUGUCUUGUCCUAACCCAUGAAUGUCAUAUUAUGGACUCUCUAUUAAGUACUUGUUCUGACAAGCCACAUGCUUUGAUAUCGUAGGUUGCUCAGAUUGGUUUCAAAGGUGUGAAGAAGCUCAAUCGUGUCCAGUCUGUUGUGUUUGACACAGCGUAUAACACAAAUGAAAAUCUUCUGAUCUGUGCACCCACUGGGGCGGGGAAGACAAAUGUUGCUAUGGCAACCGUAUUGAGAGAAGUGAAACAGAAUAUCAAACAAGGCGUGGUCAUGAAGGAUAAAUUUAAGGUGUGUGCAGUUGCAACAAUAGACAAUUAUUGAGUUCCUGAUCAAGUGACCAGCUCGAAUUGCUCAAUGUUUCAAUAUAAGCUGCCAUGGUCUGGGUCUGAACUACAAGAAAAAGAUUAAAAAUCACUUGGGCAAUUUUGAGCAAAGUUAAUUCCUCUGAUGUUAGUACGUAAGGAAAUUUUUUUAGGCUUAUUCAAAACAUUUUUGUUCCAUAAUCUUUAGAUAAUCUAUGUGGCUCCAAUGAAAGCUCUUGCUGCAGAAAUGGUGAGAACAUUCGGCAAACGUCUGGCUCCUUUAGGAAUCUCUGUCCGAGAAUUGACUGGAGAUAUGCAGUUGACCAAAACUGAAAUUCUCACAACACAGGUGAUGGUUUAUAAUUAACAUGCACACAGACAGUUUUAAGAUGUGAUUACCGAAUUACUGUCAAUGUUCAUUUGCGAAAAAUGCAACUACAGGCGUUCUGGCAGGAAUCGAACCUGUGGUGCAGCACUCUAACCAACUGAGCUGCAGAAUCCAGUUGUCGAGCUCUGACCAACUGAGCUACAGGCCAGUUGUUGAGCUCUAACCAGGGAUGCCGGAACGAUGUGAAGGCAAGGGAGGCAGAUUUUUGUGAAAGGGCACUUUUGAAUUGAUAUAUACUAAGAGAUGUUUGCAAAACAUCGGGAGUUGAACUUCACCUAAUCAUGUUUUCUAUUUAUUGGAUGAUAGGGGUGUGAGGGGGUUCUCCGCCAGGCAAUUGUGCUAUUCUUGAAGCUCGAUGACUGCAUUUCUUGCGUUUUCUGAAGCAAAUUCUUGAAAGAAUUGCACUAACAUUUCUGACAAUUUGCUAUUUCGCCAAGGCAAUCCUUUAAAUUGAAAUGGCACCUUUGCCCCCCCCCCCCCCCCCCCCCCCCCAGUUCCGGCAUCCCUGGUUCUAACCAAGUGAGCUAGCAGAGCUACAGAGUCCAGUUGUGGAGCAGAAUAGCAGCGCCACAGGCUCGAUUCCUGCCAGAGGACUGAUAGUUGCAUUUUUUCACAACAUAAAAUUCACACUUGAAAUUUGCAUCCACAAAAUCCUUCAAUAUAAAUCGUUUCCUUCACUAGAUGUUGGUGACAACGCCUGAGAAAUGGGAUGUUGUAACACGCAAGAGUUCGGGUGACAUUGCGUUAACUCAGAUUGUCAAGUUAUUGAUCAUUGAUGAAGUUCAUUUACUGCAUGAUGAGAGAGGCUCUGUGAUUGAAUGUCUUGUUGCUAGAACAUUAAGACAGGUGAUUGUUUCUUUGUUUUUUGUUUAUAGUACACACGUCAAAAUCUCACAACUUGUCAACAAGAUGUGUUCACUUGUAGCAAGCUUGUCAACAAGUUGUAACAAUGCUGUUAUUUUAUCAAGUUGCUACAAGGUUGUCACUCACAACUUGUUGGCAAAUUGUUGAAUUGUAGGACGAUAACAAGUUGUUGGAACAACUUGUAACAAGUCUGUUGAGGUCAAUAACCUUGUAGCAAGCUUGUCAACAAGUUGUAACGAUGCUGUUAUUUUAUACAAGUCUGUUGAGCUCAAUAACCUUGUAGCAAGUUGUCAACAAGUCGAUGACAACUUGUCAACAAGCUGGGAAACAAACAGUGCAAACGCAUCCUGUUGGAACAGCAUUGCUACAAGUCUGCUGCAGGUUUGGUACAAUUAUUUGUGCGUUUUCUAUGUGUGUAGUUUACGUUCUAUUGUUCAAUAUGCGUACUACCACGAGAACAUUUUAUUCUGUCUAAUACCCGACUAUUUUUCAGGUUGAAUCAACUCAAAGUAUGAUUCGCAUAGUUGGUCUCUCUGCUACACUCCCUAACUACCUCGACGUUGCAAGAUUUCUACGCGUCAAUUUUCAUCAAGGCCUAUUUUUCUUUGAUGCUCGUUUUCGUCCAGUCCCGCUCGGUCAGACAUUUAUCGGAAUCAAAGCCCGCAAUAUUAUGGGUCAGUUUCAAGAUAUGGAUACUGUCUGCUUUGAUAAAGUGUUGGAUAAUGUCGAUGAUGGUUAUCAGGUGUGUAUGAAUCAGACUUGGAAAAAGUGUUUAAUGUUCCUUGGAUCCUAAAUUUCCCUUUUUCAAAUGUUCCUCGAAAGUGCGUAAAAACAAUGGAAAAUUUGGCCGUACAUUGAACAAUAUUUCACAUUGAUCUCAAUACUGAUUCCUUAACAUUCUUCCAUAAUAUACAGUACAGUAUUGGUGAAAAAUUGAAAAUUUCCCCAAUCUUCUUGCCAAAUAUUCCUCAGGAUACAGGAUCCCGAGAUCCCACUUUUUUUUCCAUGUCUGGUAUGAAUCGCUGGAUAUUUUGAGAGUAUAGAACUUACGUGAUUAGUUUCAUCUAAGCUCUCUCAUAAUUUACUGUUCAAGUGUUACUGUAUGAGGAAAUUAAACUAACUUUAUACUGGAUAGAUUUUCCAGUUAACUGCUAUCCCGAGGAGCAGGGUUUUAGUCAGGGUGUCAAAACUGUCCGUCCAGAAAUACCGUAGAUGUACACAUUCAACUCACUGAUUAAAUUAUAAUCAAACAACUUGCAUAUUCGAAUCCUCACAGAGAUGAAAUGCACUAAUCACUGUGCCACGACCACCAGUUUCCUGUUAAAAGUUCUUAUUCCCUGUAGGUAAUGGUGUUUGUACAUGCACGGAAUGCGACAGUGAGAACAGCAAUGACUUUACGAGAGAAAGCGAAGAACAAUGGCACUAUUGGUUUAUUUCAGUCUAAGCAAUCUUCAGCGUAUGGUACAGCUGAAAAACAGGUGGGCAAUAUAACUUAUCCUAAAGCCUGGUUUACACUAUCAAAGUUUCUGUGAUCACAGUAGAAAUUUUACAUACGUAAAUUCUAGGGAUGUGCCGGAUACCGGUAUCCGAUAUCCGGUAAAAUUUAGACAUCCGGCACUAUCCGGUAUAAAUUUGCCGGAUAUUUACCGGAUAGUACUGUAAGAAUAUUUUGUUACAACCAUGAAACGGAAAAGUUUACUUGGCGUUUAAAAAUUGUGAAACACGAACAAUUACUGCGCGUGCGCUGCAUUACGACGAAAUUACGACAUUUGUUUUUCGUGAUGGUGAUGUAAACUGCUCGUUCGCCAACAGCAGUGAAUCUCACAUACUGAAUACCAGUAAACAAUGUAAGGUGAAUCAUAAGAUAUGGCCUUGGUAAAGACAAAUAGGUCAAAGAGACAAAAAACUCUUGAAGUUGUUGUAUUAAACACAUUGCCACAUUGGAUCAGCUUGAGAGCCUGUUCGCAGGCUAUAAAAAUGUUGUGUUUCUAAUAAAUUAUUGUAUGGGAGUAUCUGGUUAUUAUCCGGUAUCCGGUCAUCAUUUUCUCCUGGGCCGGUUGUAUAAAAACGUAAUUAGCGCUAACUGUAGUUAGCGUUAAGCCCUGGGCAAACUAGGAAACAUUGUUGUGGAAACAUUUGUGAUUCUCGAUGUUUCCUCAAAUGUUUCCAUGUUUGCCCACCCGUGGAAAUAUUGUUGCGGAAACAAAAUUUGCUUCCCGAGAAGCAAAAAUGUUUCCUACCAAAUUCAGAAACAUUUGAUGUUUCCCUAUGUUUUUCACUAAUGUUUCCUAGUGUUUGCCCACUCUGGGAAACAUGGCGAAACAUUGGCAGGAAACAAUGUUUCCUAGUUUGCCCAGAACCUUAAUCACUGUAGUUAAAUCCUUAACUGUAAUUAGUUAACUACAUGACUUAGGGCUUGUUCAUAUGAUCCCGCUUACCGGGACGUCUCGCUUACCGAGACGAAUAUUUCCGUGCGUUCAUAUGGAGUAUUUCGUCCCGCUUGCCGAGAUGAAAUUACAUUGUAGUUCUAUAAUUAGCGUAUGCAAAACUUCUACAUUUCAGUCAAGCAACACAAAUACUUGGUGAUUUUAGUGUUUUUCUUCGUUUAUUUACAAGAAAAAGUAUUGCUUCAGGUGGUUAUUUAAUACUUGUUUACAAAACAAACAUAAAACCAAGUAAAAAGUGUUAAAUUAAACCGGCAACUUGUUUCACUUCAUCCCGGUAAGCGGGCUGGCGUGUUCAUAUGGAAAAUUUUCAUCCCGCCUACCUAUGAUCUCGGCAAAUUCAAACGAGAUCUCGGCAAGCGGGCCAGCUCGCUUUCCCAUAUGAACACAAUGCAAAAUUUUAUAGGAAAAUAGAUAGGCGGCGAGAUCAUCGGUAAGCGAGACGUCCCGGUAAGCGGGAUCAUAUGAACAGGCCCUUAACUGCGUUGCACAAAACGUAGUUAGUCGGAUAGUUAAAGCCUGGUUCACACGAUGAAAUAAGCAUAAGCACAAGCAGCGGAACCUUUGAUGUGUAUAAACGUAAGCAUAAGAAGAACGCAACAUUUGUUCUUCUUAUGUUUAUGCUUAUGUUUAUUUCAUCGUGUGAACCAGGCUUAACUAAUAACGUAGUUAACUGUGCGUGGGGCUUGCGUGGGGCGUUUAAACACAAACUUACAUAAAGUAAGCAGGGAGUAACGACCGCUGACACACAUUUUCAACAUGAUUGUGGACUCGCAUUUUGCAAAUAGGCGGGAAUUUUAUUCAAAACACUAGAAAACAGUGUAGUGAAAAAUAAAGAAGACAAGGAAAAACCGCCACAAAAAUCAUAAAAGAAUGCAGUUUUUCCUUGAGAUGUCUACGUUAAAGCAAGGUCUAGCUGUUUGGCAAUUAUAUAUCAGUGUUUCUUGGUGUAAUGGACCAUACUUCGUCUUCGAGAAAUCGUCCUGUGCAAAAAUAUGUUCUGUUUUCGUAAAAACACCGAAGCGAUAGCGUUUGAAGAGUUUAUAUUGUCAGGAAACAUUCACAGGGAAGAUAGCGAUUGAAAAUCUCAGGUAAGCGUUGCUUUUUAUUAUUGUAUUACUGAAAAAUGUUCACUCCUAUACAAACGCCAUUUUUAACUACGUUUUGGACAGUUAACUAUACCCUAAAGCAUAGUUAACUUUAACUACUUUUUAACUGCAGUUAUUAGGCUAACUACACUUUUAUACAACCGGCUUAACUACGUGAUUAAAGUUAACUAUUUUUUAAGGCUUUUUAACUACUUUUUAACUGCAGUUAGCGCUAACUACGUUUUUAUACAACCGGCCCCUGACCGGUAUCCGGUAGACUACUAUCCGUUACAGGGUUGCCAGGUGGUCUGAGCCGGAAAGAGCCAAAUGAUACGUAAAAAGUAGCCAAAUCCGGCCAAAAGAAGCCAAAAUCGAAAUUUAGAGUAAAUCUUCCGUAUUCAAGCGUUCAACACCGAAAAACAGUAAAGAAAAAACAAGUAUUUUAUAAAUUUCGUUUUCCCGCCGUUCGGGGCGAACCGUGUAAGCCCAGGCCAGGGAGAUGGUACUAAUUCUGAUCGAAUAUUUACGUACAUCGGGAAUCCCGGAUAAAUGGAUAAUGUAAUCGAACACAGCAGAGUUUAUAACUAACUUUUACUGAUGGAUGGCAGACUACUUUUGAAAAGUUGCUUAUUUCAGUAUUUAUUCGAAAAGAAGCAAAAAAGAGCCAAAAAAUAGAAAGAAGCCAAACGAAGUCAAAAGAAACCAUGCAAAAUCGAGAAAUUUGGCUCUUUUAACGCCAAACUGGCAACCCUGAUCCGUUACUAUCCGAUAUCCGGCAAAACAGUAUCCGGCACAUCCCUAGUACUAAUUAAAUUAAAUUCUAAGUUUUAAAGGAAUUGUAAGAAAUGUUCGAGGGAACUGAUUCGGUGUUUAACACUGAGUGUGUUUCCCCUAACAUUUCUUACAAAUUCUUCAAAACGUAGAGUUUACCCGUGUAAAAUUCCUGCUGUGAUCACAGAAACUUUGAUAGUGUAAAGAGUAGUUGAUUUACGACAUCAGUGGGCCUAUAUAUGCGCGCUCCUGGCUAUUAAAAGCACAGAUGAAUGACGAGUUUUAAAGCUCAUUACAAACCUUUUAAUGGACGACUUGCGCUUUAGACUAAAUUUUAAUCUAAGUAAGAACAACGAAAUCUAUCACCACAACUAGAAAGAGCGUCUUGGAAUUAGUAAUAUUACAAAGUUUGGUUGCGAAAUGUUGUAAAAUACGGAAAAUAUAGCCCUUCAAAGUUGGCAAAGUUGUAUACUUUUGUAUUACGUGCGUGAAUUGGUAACUAAAUUAGUUACCAAUUUCCGCACGUAAUAGAAAUGUAUACAAAUUUGCCAACUUCGCAGGGCUAUAUUUUCCGUAUUUUACAACAUUUCGCCACCAAACUUUGCAGUUUUUUUAAUUUUGAUAACUUCUUUCCGAAAAUAUCCUUUGUUAUUCCCAGAUUAAAAAUUUUUCUAAAGCGCAAGUCGUCCAGUGAAAAAACUAACUAGGAAAAUCAAUUAAGCGUAAUUCAAGAUCAGUGAUCUCAAUGUUUUUAACAUUUUUUAACAUUUUUAAUGUUAAAACAUUGAGUUCACUGAUCUUGAAUUAUGGUUGUAAAGGGUUGUAAUGCGCCUUAAAAACCAUUAAGGACGGUAUAUAUAAUAGAGAGAUUAAUAUUUGAAUUCCGCUAUACCUCUGUAGGUUCGAAAGUCCCGGAAUAAAGAACUCCGGGAGCUUUUUGCCGAUGGGUUUUGCAUCCACCAUGCAGGAAUGUUGCGAAGUGAUCGUAGUAUGGUUGAAGAUUUGUUUGGUAAAGGAUUGAUUAAAGUUCUUGUGUGUACAGCCACACUCGCUUGGGGAGUCAACUUGCCUGCUCAUGCUGUUAUCAUUAAGGUAAGUCACCUGAAGCAAUGGGCAAUUCCAGCUAUAUACUAAAUUUUGAUCUCGGCAAGAAGAACAAAAUCCAUCCCCACAGCUAGAAAGAGCAUGUUAAAAUGAGUAAAAUUGCAAAGUUUGGUUGCAAAAUGUUGUAAAAUGCGGAAAACAUAGCGUCGCAAAUUUUGUAUACUUUUGUAUUGCGUGCGGAAAUUGCUACCACAUUUGGGCCGAAAGUAGUAGCAAUUUUUGGACGCAAUACAAAAGUAUACAAAAUUUGCAAACUUUGCAAGGCUAUAUUUUCCGCAUUUUACAGAAUUUAUCAGAGCAUUGAUUGCAAACUCGAAGAUGAUUUGAACAAACAAAAUACAGCUCGAAUUUGCAUAACUUAUACGCAUGAAUACGCACAAAUACAAACAUGUCGGUGUACAUUUUAUAUAAUAACACUGAAUGCUACCAAGGCUCUACGAUUAAAACUCAAACGGUGUAAAAGACCGGUUGCUUAUUAUAGCAACUCCACUGCAUCACAGAGACUAAUACUGAGUGGGGAUAUUGAACAAAACCCAGGACCAUUUCAACAAAAUGCUGUUGAGCAGAUAUCCGUAAGAAUUACUACGCGAGAGAAACGAAACCCCCCAGCUAGUCAUUACAACGGCAUAACCAUUAACACCCGCUUACUGAGACCAUUAAACCGUGUUAAUGAAAAUAUCGGCAAUUGCGGACAGCCACACUGUAUCAAAGUAUCCCAUCUCAACAUACGCUCGCUGAAAGAUCGUGGGAAAUUUCACCAGGUCAAUGAUCUUAUUUUAAGAAGUGACUUUGAUGUUUUCACAAUUUCUGAAACGUGGUUUAAUUCUACUGUUAAGAACAAAGAAUAUAGCAUUGAUGGAUAUAAACUUAUAAGAUUAGACAGGCUCAAGAAAGCUGGAGGUGGUGUAUGCGCCUAUAUCCGAAACUCUCUGAAAGUUAGGGUGCUCCGAGACAUCACGAAAACAUCCCAGUGCGGUUUCCAGCAGCUUUGGCUAAGCCUUCAACAUAAGAAACUAAAGUCACUUGUAAUUUGCGUUGCGUAUCGUCCACCAGAUACACCUGUCUCUUGUCUCAGAAAUGAACUGACCGCAGCUUACACCCAUGCAGUUAUGCUCGGCAAAGAUAUUUUAGUAGCAGGGGAUUUAAAUUGCAACUUACUCGUUGACUCCACCGAAUCUUGCGCUCUAAGAGACCUUUGUUCAACUCUAAAUCUUACGCAGCUGAUCUCAUCUCCCACAAGAGUAACUGAGACAUCGCAAACGCUUAUUGAUGUUAUACUUGCCUCCAAUGUAGACCUUGUCAAGAAAUCUGACGUUCUUAGCAUCACUAUUAGCGAUCAUUUUCUGGUUUACUCUACACUGAACCUGAAAAUGCCUCGAACAAAACCAGUCACAAUUACAACUCGUAGCUAUAAGAACUUUAAUGCAGACGCUUUUUGUAACGAUAUAUCAAAGAUCCCUUGGGAUACCGUCACGGUUUUUGACCACACUGACGAUCAGGUCUCCUGUUUCAAUAAUCUUUUUCAAGAUGUUUUAGAACAGCAUGCCCCCGUAAAAACGUUUAAAUCUAAAUAUCGCAAAUCCAAGGUGAUAACUCCAGAGAUCAGAGAUUUAAUGCGUGAACGUGAUAGAUUGCGGAAACGUGCACAUCAAAGAUCUAAUCCCCGUGACUGGGAGCGUUACAGAGGCCUACGACAAGAGGUUAAAUCGAAGAUAAUGCUGUCAGAAAUCCAGUUAGUGAAAGAUGAAAUCAGUGAGAACAAGAGUAACAAGACAUCCAUCUGGAAAACUGUCCGACAUUGCUUAAACCCAUGCGGUAAUUCAACCACCGCUUACUCACGCGACUGUACAGAGAUUGCCAACGAAUUCAAUCUGUUCUUUACAUCAGUUGGCGAAGCUGCUGCAAAACAAGCCCAGAAGUUGGCUAUAGACUACGAACUAGAAGCUGUUGCCCCUACCAAUUCUAUCAUUGAGGAAUGCGUGGAUGGCAUUGCCCCGUUUCUGUUCAAUUGCGUUACACAGGAACAAGUAAGAAACAUCAUCAUGAAUAUGCCGACAAACAAGGCUCCGGGGUAUGAUAAAGUUGGUAUGAAAGUUCUCAAGAUGUGUCUCCCUUCCAUCUUACCUGUAAUUACAGACAUGUUUAAUACAUCACUUUCAACUGCAUGUUUCCCGAAGGACUGGAAACAUGCUGAGGUAGUGGCGCAUCUAAAAGAGGGGGACCAUGAAGUAGCCGGUAAUAAUCGUCCCAUCUCUCUACUACCAGUAAUGUCAAAGGUUUUGGAAAGACUAGCACAUGACCAAUUUGUUGAUUAUCUAACAACCAACAACAUGCUCUCUGAUCACCAGAGUGGAAAUAAGAAAUGCCAUUCAACGGAAACGUUGGGAAUCCUGUUCACUAGUCAUCUUUACAGGGCUAUCGACGAGAAAAAGGUGACAGCCGUUCUUAUGUUGGACUUGAGUAAAGCGUUUGAUAGCAUUGACCAUCGGAGAUUGUUAGAUAAACUACGAAAGUUCAAUAUUCCUGAUCUAACCUUGGCUUGGUUUCAAAGCUACUUAACUGACAGAACACAAUGCGUACGUAUUCAAAACUCUCUUUCGGAUUCUUUACCAAUCAAACAUGGAGUUCCACAGGGGUCUAUCCUGGGACCCCUGUUGUUUAAUCUCUACAUAAACGACUUACCAUCAGUCUGUCAGACUUGCAACGUUGAAUCUUAUGUAGAUGAUUCAAAACUUUAUAUCUCAUUUUCGAAUAAGGAUGUAAAUGAAGGCCUUGAUAACCUUAGACACGAUUUGAAUCGAGUUGCUUCAUGGUGCUGUGAGAAUCAUCUUCUUAUAAAUCCUGGUAAGACAGAGUUCUGUGUGUUUGGCUCUAAUAGAAUGCUAGCGAAGACAAUUAUCCCGCCGAUAACGUUUCUAGGGAAGGAAUUACCUGUCGUUGAUUCGGUGAAGGACCUCGGAAUGAUAAUAGACAAACAUUUAUCAUUUAACGAUCACACAGACGCUUUAACAAGCGAUCUUAUGGGCAA